AUGGAUCUGGGUCGAGGUCUUCCCCUUGUCACCGGUGCGAGAAGAAGCUUCAAUGGCUGCUGGACGUGUAGACUGCGGCGAAAAAAGUGUGAUGAGAGUCCUCUCACAUGCGAUGCCUGUACGGCAUUGCACAUCACUUGCCACUACUCUCAGGAGAAACCGGAUUGGAUGGAUGGGGGUCUGAGACAGAAGGAGAUGGCUGAGCAGAUCAAGCGCGAGGUCAAAGGAAAUGCUCACCUCCGGCCUGUGCAGCGUUCUGCCCACCUUCCUGGAGGCUAUUCUUCGCUCGCUGAUUCUGGCCCUGAGAGUCUCGAAGACAACACUGAACUUCUCAAUGGAAUGCAGCUACACGAUGGGGCUCCGACGACCUCGCCAUUGCGUAAUGCUGACUGCACCUCUGCCCACACAAAUGCCCCGAAAACAGCAACGUUUGAACGAUCUGACACGGUUCUCCUCACGUUCUACCUCGAUUACUUGUUUCCCUUCCUGUUUCCAUUUUAUCGGCCCUCGCCCCUACAAGGUGGCAGAGCUUGGAUCUUGGAAAUGAUGAUAAGCCGACCAGUAGUUCGACAAGCAACACUUUGUCAGAGCGCAUAUUUUCUAUCUCUUGCUCACGAGGCAGCAAACCACUCUGUGGACUGGGAUACAGUACUAACACGUACGAGAGAUGCUUUCGAAGUGCUGAGACGGUCGCUGCAGCUUAUGAGCGGCUCGGACAUCUCAGAACAUCUGCACGGGGCUGUGCGAGUCAUGGCAAGUAUCAUGCAGGUGCAGCGUUUUGAAAUUGCUCUGUUGAGUUUUGACAACUGUAGGGCGCAUUUGAAUGCCGCAUUGUCACUCUUCAAACAGCUCCUCGACACUAGCAGUUCUGGUGGAACAGAAGGAAUCAGGUCAAACUUCGAUGCCUUCAUGCAUAAACUGGGACCAUCCACAUGGAUCUUGCCUGCGCAAUGUAUUCAAGUUCCAAGUGCCGAGCAGUCCGCUUUUCGCUUCUCAUCUAGCCUUUUGUUCUUGGACGACAUCAUCGCAAGUACGGCUCUCCAGGAGGAGCCCGCACUCUAUACGUUUCAUCGAAGCCUUUUGACUUCGAAUGACGGGCUCGAGCCGCCCAUACAGCUCGAGACUGCCAUUGGAUGCGAGAACUGGGUGUUUCUGGAGAUCGGCAAGGUGGCUGUUCUAGACGCUUGGAAACAACGAUGUAAGAAGACGGGUACCCUAGAUGUCAUCGAACUGGUCCAUCGAGCUACAGCAAUCAAAGACGGCUUGACAGCGCACCUGACAGACCUGGAAAGGAGGUCAAGGGACAUGCAGGGAGGAGGAAACGAUCUGAUUGACAUUUUUACAGUGGACUGCCACCACCAGUUCCAGGCACCACCGAGCCAGACGUCACUGAUUACACGUGUGUGGGCUCACGCGGCCUUGAUUUAUCUGUGCCUUGUUGUGUCAGGAUGGCAGCCAGCCAGUGUCGAUAUUCGAUAUCACGUGUGCCGUUCAAUCGAACUGCUCACAUUUCAUAUGCCCUCGCCAACGUUGCUGCGUACUAUGGUAUGGCCCUUCUGCGUGACAGGCUGCCUUGCAGAGCCAGCUCAGGAAACUCAACUACGUGGCAUAGUUGAAAAUCUCCAACCGCCCACGAUUUUCGGCACGGUACGAAAAGCAGUAGAGAUCAUGGAAAGUGUUUGGCGCAAAAGAGAAACCGUUGAGAUCACAAAUUUCGACCUUGCUACAUGCCUCAGAAAUGGAGGUGAUCUUGUGUUGUUGGUAUAGACGAACAU